AUGAAACUUUGUGAUCCUUAUCAACUUUUUAUAAGAAUUGAAGAUGAACUUUGUUCAAUGGUUCUCGAGUCUCGUAUUCGACAGUUAAACCUAUUAAAAGAUGAAAAUAAUCCAGCAUUGGCUGAAGAAUUCAUAACAGGUUUGAUUGCUGAAUACGUCAAACUAUUAACAUCUGCCUUACAAUUAUCGCCAACAAUUGACAACCUUUUGGGACCUCAACUUCAAAGGUUUGGUUUGACUUGGGAAGUUCUUAAUAAGCAACUCUAUCGCUCAUUGGUAUAUAAUCACUUUGAUGUACAACAAAAUUUAGUGAGAUUUAUCGAACAGCUGCGUAAAAUGUUGCCAUUUAAAGAUGAUAUUUAUCACGAAUUAGUUCAUCAAUAUUUAGCAUUGGACAGAGAGAUGACUCUUAUAGGUACAAUGUGGAAAAACGUUGAACCUUUAAUUCAGGAAUACAGAAAUUUAAAAUCGAAAGAAAAUGAAAAAUUAAACAAUCUCAUAGAUGCGAUGAAAGAUUUUUUUUCAAAUAAAUUAUGCACUUCGGAUGAUAAUUUAGAAGAGGCUCAUGAGAAAAAUCAUACAAAUUUAACACCAAACGGUGCUAUACAGUAUUGUCCUAACUGUAUGACAAGGCGAGGUUGUCCUUGCAACGAUUGUACCGUUACUCACAUGAUAUCUUGCGAAGAUAUAUUGUUGGGUAUAGAAUCGCCUUUAGGGAAUAACACUCCAUCCAGGUCUCGAUCUCGGUCUCCUAUAAAACAAAAUAUAUCAGAUAUUAAAAAUGGAGAUGAUGAUAGAGAAGAGGCACAAUCUUGUGAAUGCCAUGCUUGCACCAUGCCGCCAACAAGAUCUAAAAAUAACCUACACGGAGAAGGAUUUCGACUGUACCCGCAUAUUCAUGGGACAACUUCAGAAGCCAAAAAUAUACCAAAUGUUUAUGGUAGCCUUCCGAAAAAUGCAGAUUUUUUUUAUCCUCCCCUCUACAAUGUACAUAUCCAGUCCAAUUCGAUGGGAAUUGACAGUCAAUCAUCAUUAGUAAACAAUUCGGUGAAAAAUCAAUUGUCAGAAGAAGUAUUAGAUAGUUGCGCGGCCGCCGCCGCCGCCGCAUCUCAACCGUCAGCUUCUCCGCCUCCCCCUCCUCCUCCCGUUCAAGAAGGUCUUUCGAAAUCGCCUUUUAAACCUGCAUCAACCACUCCCAACGAAAGUACUCCUAAAAUGGAUAAUAAUUUUCCCGUUGAUAAAUCUCAGUUACCCAUCGCCUUCUCCAAAUCAACUGACUCGAUUUGUCCGAAUGAAAUUUUCCAAGAUGUUCACGGUGAGAAAAAUAAAGAAAACAAUUUUAAACACGAGGGAAAGAAAUCGGAUGUUGCGGAUGGUAAGGAAGCGAUUUCAAAAGAAAAAAAUACAAAGUUGGAAAAGCAUGCGUUAGAAAACGGUCAAGGGAAAACUCAAGGGAAUUCUAAAGGAAACGGUUGCGUAAUCUCGGGCAUUUGUGGGAAAUGCUGUUUGAAACAUGGGACGAAUUGUUUAAAAAUGCCAGGAUGCAAUAGCAAAGGGGCGGAUAAGAAUCCAUCGCCGCCCCCGCGAUUGGGAUUAUCAUCCAAUUCGAGCACGAGAACUCCCACGAGGUGCGUCGGUAAGGACGAACGUAAUGUGAGAACUCCAAAGCCGCAUUUGUGCACCAAAUCAAAGUCUCAAGAAAGUAUUAAAAAAACUGCCACUAAUAAAAAAGGAUCGGAAGUAGAAGAUUUGUCCAGUCACGAAGAUUCAUGUUCCGAGGGAUCAAAUUCGACGUAUGUCUCAACGCAAAAAGAUCCGAGGCAUUGCGAUUGUUGUUACUGUGAAGUAUUCGGACACGGAGUGCCUUCGGUCGCACCUGUCAGUAGAAAUUAUCAAGAGAUGAGAGAAAGACUUCGAAUGCGACUGAACAUGAAAAAAUCAGCCAAAUGCAAAACGGCGGCGGCUCCUUCCGAACAAGUUUCCCAACCGAAUCCUCAAAAGGUUGGGGGAAAUUAUUCGAAAUCUCAAAAUAAUUCAAUAUUAAAUCAAGAUUCGUACAAAGGAAAUUUAGAUUUAGAUUCUCUGCUUAAGUACAUAGAGGGUGGAAAAAAAGAAAAAACAAAAGAUUCUAAAAAAGCAGUCAAAAAAGCGAAGCAAAAGCAGAAGAAGCAAAAGGAAAAAUUAAAAGAAGAAGAAGCCGAGAAAAAAAGAUCUCAAAAUUCUAAGCAAAAUCUUCCGCCGACAAAACAGCAACAGCAAUUGCAACGGCAGCAACACCAGCAACAGGAACAGGAACAAUGCCUGCCCCCACAGUCGCAGCCUCAAACGUUAAAUUUAUCCGGUUUGAAAAGUUUAGUAGAGAAAUCAGAUCCGAACGCAGUGCCGAAAAUGGUUACAAUAAGAAGAGUCAUGUCUCCUUUCAGUGCGGAGCCAACCGUGACAAUAACCUUAAAAGGAUCGACUCCGGAUAAAGAUAAAGUUUUAUUCAUGUUGAAAAAUGGAAGCGAAGCCGUGCAACCAGAAAAACCGGAAAUAAAUGAAACGUCUAAGAAAAAGAAAAAAAAGAAGGGGAAACAAGAAUCGGAUGUUUACGAAGAGAAUGACGACGUUCCCGUGUUGUUCGAACAAUCUCCGGUAAUUGGCAACAACGGCAAGAAAAAAAAGGGUAAAGAGAUGAGCGUGGAAUCGGUUAAAAAUAAAAAGGAAACGAAUUUGAAAAAGCAAAAUCCGGGGGAGGAAACAUUGGUUUCCAACAGCAAAAUCAAACAGUCGUCGAAAAUCGGCGUAGACGCGGUUAAAAAUUCAAACGUCAAAAAUACGAGUACAACCGACAAUUCUAAAAAUUGUCAAAAAUUAACGACUGGAAAUCAAUUGAACGGUUCGAGUAAUUCUACCACAGUAUUAAAUUCAAAAGGAAGCGGUCAGAAAAACGUUUCCGGUGUGAAAAGUCAAAAUCAAAACGACGACAAAAGCAGCAAAGACUCGGGAAAUAAGCAGAGAAAUAAAAAUGAUGUCGUCGCAGGGAAAAAGAAUGUACAAAAUAAUAAUAAUAAUAAUAAAGUUGUUAAUGGUAGUAAUAAUAAAACUAACAAUAACGAUAACAGCAAAACGAGUAAGAACAGUAGCAACAGCAGCACGAAUGUGAAAAACAACAACAACAACAACAGCAACGUUCAGAGUAACACAUCUAAGAAAUCAAAUUCGGGGAAUUCCCAAAAAGAAAUGUCAAAUAAUAAUAAUAACAGUGAUAAUAGUAAAAAUUCAAAAAGUAACAGUAAUCAAAAUCAAAAUGGUAAAAAGGAAAAGGUUCAGAGUAGCAUAGCCAGUAAUAAUAAUAAUAAUAAUAAUAAUAAUGGAAAUGAUAAGCAAGGGAAAAAACAAAAAAAGGAAUCCGUGCAAUCCGUUGAGAAAAUGACGUCGCAACUCAUAAAUAACAAAUCGUGUAAUUCGGGAACCGUUCAAAGCAACGAUAAAAACAACAUGACGAUACUGCAAAAAUUGCAAAACAAGGAAAGGCUUCCAAAUUUGGAAAUAUGUCGAGCACAGGACGCGGGGGAAAGGUGUGACGACAAAAGUAAAAAUGUAUUGAAAGGUUCAUUGCAAGACGUUGAAAUCAAUUGGAGGGGUUCGACGGAAAAAUACGAUAAGGGAAAAGUAAUAAUAAACACUCCGAGUUACAGGUUGAGCGAAGUUUUAAGUAGCAUAGCUCCCUCUCCGCCCCCCAAGGAAGAAAUCAAUUUGGAAAAUUUAAGGCUUCCGCCGGGUAUAACAAUCACGAAGAUUGAAGGACCCAUGGCGAAGCCAGUUAAACCUCCGGUGCAACCUAGUCAAGUUCCGAAACCAGCCCCGCCCAUCGUUAUGUCGACUCCGAUAUUGAAACCCAAUCCUCCUCCCGGAAAUGUUAUAGUCGUGGAUACGGGACGUCUCAAGGAUGUCAUAAAAGAAAAUUCCCAAUUGGCAGCAUCGAUGAACGUGACGACAAGUUCUAAAAAGAAAAAAAAGAAAAAUAAACAGCAGGUGGAAAACAUAGCUCCCGCCAUGAGCAUGACCGCCAUAAAUCAGUCCAGGUUCGGCGUGAAAGUGCCUAAAAAUAUAUCGGCCCUCAAUAAGGGAGCCAUGUCGGUGUUGCCGAAUUUAGAGAAUCAACAAGCAACCAUUAUAAAAACGAGCAAUAACAUGGUGACGAUUCGGAGUCCGGCUUUGCAGCAAGCCAUGAACAUACAAGCCUAUCAAAACAGUCAAGCUUACAAAUUGGGAAUGAACGGAUACGGAAACGCGGGUUUAUUCACAGACGAAGUCACGAGGAUAAAUGACAAAAUGGAAAACCUUAAACUCUCAUCUCACGAUCCGGAUGAUAGAUUGACGCGUCAAAUGAAAAAUCUCAACAUAAAGGGAGGGGGGAGCAAUAGCAGCAGCAGCAGCAACAGCAGCAGCAGCAGCAGCAGCAGUAGCAACAGUAGCAACAUUAGCAAUAAUAGCGGCAAUGGCAACGGCAACAACAGUAACAUAAUCGUCAAAGAUUUGCUUAGCCAACAAUCUCUCACGUCAUUGUCGUCCUCAUCGCAAAAUUGCCAGACGACGUCGUCGAAAAAGAAGAAAAAGAAGAAGAAGAAGAAGGGAAAAACCGGUGAUGAAAAAGAGGUUGAACCCGUCGAAAGUGUUUUCCAACCCAAAGACAUCGAUUUGGAGAACGGUGACAUUGACGACGACGAAAGAGAAUUGGAAGCUUUCAAAAGGUUUUGUUUCCAGUCGAUUCCCCCGGAAAGGAAAAACAAGGUCAAGGUUAAUCUCAACAUAAAGGAUAUCGUACUCAAAAAGAAAUCGUCGGAAAUCGGAUGCAGUUGA